UUUUACAUUUUACUCCAAUUAGGAGUUUAGUGUGCUGUUGAGUAAAAUGCAUGUCCUUAAUAAGCUUAAUAUUAUCUAAUUAACGAUUAGUAAAUGUAAUACAUCGAUGUGAUUUUGUGAGUAGGAGAAGUACAGUGUCACGCUCAGAUAUUUAUAUGGUGUUUAUAUAUAUUGUGUUUCCAGACAAUAGCCGAUAUCGAGCUAUUUCAUUGGUCAAGACCUUUAAGCGAGCUAGGAUAAAGAGUGGACGUUUCUCUUGGAAGUGUCAAUUAAUACAUUUUAGAGCAACGACAUUCUAUGAAAAUAUUUUAUUUCAAUAACUAUGUGGACUGUUAUACUCCUUACAUGUUUAGGAUUUCUUCUUGGUAUAUUUUAUUGGCAGAGGAGACAGCAGAUGGCCGUUUUUAAAAGAAUGGGAAUCCCUGGACCAUCCCCUAACUUCUUAUUCGGAAAUCUACUAACAUUCUGGAAAACACCUAUGUUUAAGCAGUACGGAAAAUGGUCUGAAGUGUUUGGCAAAACAUACGGGUAUUUUGAAGGACCAAGUCCUGUGAUCGUAACAUCAGAUACAGAUAUUCUAAGCGAGGUGUUUGUGAAACAAUUCAAAUCAUUCCAUGCAAGAAAGAUUUUUCCUGUCCAAGUAGACCCAGAUAAGGAUGAAGAAGUUCAUAUGUUCUUUGCACGUGGAGAACGCUGGCGCCGGCUUAGAAGUAUUGCAAAUCCUGCAUUUAAUACCGGCAAGAUGAGACUUAUGUCACCAAUGAUCAACAAGCAGAUUGACAAAUUUCUGAAUGUUAUGGACGACAAAUGUUUGAAGGAAGAGGAAUUUAAUAUAUAUGAUUUACUGCAACGUUUAACAUUCGACACAAUUGCAAAGUGCGGAUUUGGACUCGAGGCUGACUCUGUUCGUACACAUGACGAUGAAUACUUACAAAACUGCAGAGGUGUAAUAAACGAUACCACUAAAAGACCAAUUCUGUUCAUGUUUGGAUUUAUUUUUCCAACAUUGCACCGAUUGUGGAUUCUAAUUUAUUACUGGAUUGGAAAAUUGAAAUUCAACCCCGUUAUAUGGCUAGAAAACAAACUUCAAACUGUCGUGCAGAAUAGGAAAUUGUCUGAUAAGAGAGAUACGUAUGACCUUUUGGAACUUUUUUUAAAUUCUGAAUACGAUCCGGAGAGAACAGAGAUGGAUCAACUUUCAGACUGUGAAAACAAUGUCAAAUGUAUUGCAAAACACAGAUUCUUAUCCACACAGGAACUAGGUUCACAGUGUUUGCUGUUUCUACUGUCUGGCUACGAGACAACCAGCACUACCUUAGCAUAUGUAAUGUACGAAAUGGCGAUGAAUCCGGACGUUCAACGUAUUUUACAAGAAGAAAUUGACAAAUAUUAUCCUGAUGAUGAUGAUAAAGUAGAAUAUGAUAAUGUUAUGAAAAUGGAAUACCUGGACAUGGUGUUGAACGAAACCUUACGGAAAUAUCCACUAGCUAGCACUGUAAUAGCAAGACAGUGUAUGAGAACGUCGAAGGUUGGUGAUUUUCAAAUAGAACCUGGUAUGAUCGUACAGGCAAAUGUUUGGGACCUACACUAUGAUAAAAAUGUUUGGGGAGAAGAUCCGACAACGUUUGAUCCACAAAGAUUCAGUACGGAGAAUAAAGCAAAACUACACCCUUGUGCGUGGAUGCCGUUUGGGCAUGGGCCAAGAAGAUGUGUUGGUUUGCGGCUUGCCCAGCUUGAGGGUAAAAUGACAAUAGUUCGGACACUUAAGAAAUUCAUGGUGCUUCCCGGUAAAGAGCUUGACAGUGAACUGAAAAUAAUUGAAGGUGCGACGAUAUUUCCACAGAAUGGUGUUCAAGUCCGUCUUGUCCAUAGAAAAUGUUCGCUAAGUGAUGAAUAAGUCACGGAGCACGGCCUUGUCAAUACAUAAUACUGAUAAGUUAUGUAUUAAAGCUGCUUUUAUGGUACCUGUAAAGACAAUUGUAGACAAAACUUUACCUUUUGAUGUUUUUGUGUCUAUUACUGUACAAAUAUAAUCUGUCACUAUCUGAAAUAGGUUACAUGCCUUUUAGUGUCUUGUAUUGUGUAGAUGAUGGUUAACUAAUCAUUCUCUUUAUUAUGCUUCUAAAUCAUAAAGGUAAAAACGUAGCAUACAAAGGAACAUUCGAAAGCACGGCAUUUUAUAUACCUUGUUGCAAAAGAAAGAGUGCACAAUUGUUUGUCCCCAUCGUCUUCGAUUUCGAAAAUGUAAUUAUUUCUGUUGAAUAUACAUUUGCUGCCCAAAGGCAACAUGGAUCGAAUAUCAAAAUGUGCAUAUCAAUUGUUAUAUCAUAGUUAGUAACUGAAUUCACGUAAAGUUC